AACACAGGUAAUCGAAGCUCCAUGGCUCCUCCACCACAAACCAGCAUGGCCGAACCUUCAAGAGCUCACCCACCACCGUUGGAGUCGCACACUUGGACAAAACCCUUCUGAUUCCUCGAAAGCACAGAAGAGAGCUUAAAAAAAGCUCAACGAAGCCAAGCCAACAAUGGCGUACUCAAAUGUAGUCUCGAGGUUAUCGUCGCGAUUACAACCUUUCGCUCUUAAACUCGCCAAAAGAUCGCUCGCUCCCGAGCUCUCUCCGCUCAAAUCGUGCUCUCAAUCUCAAUCUCAAUCACAAGCCUCUGCCUCCGCCUCCGCGGGACGCUUUUCCCGCAUUUCUCGGUUACCGUUGGAGUUGAGCAGCGUGGAAACGAUGAUACCGUUGCACAACGCGAUAGCUUCGGCGAGGCUUGUGUCGAGCUUGUCCACUGAUUCUCAGAGCUGGAGUUUAGUUCCUCAAGGUAUAUCAAUGCCUUUAUGACAGAGUCUGGUGGCAGCAAGUUCAUAUUCUAGGCGGCAUUUCUGCUUGAGGGCAAUUUUAUUUUGUUCUGACUUUUGAGGCCUCUAUUGAACUUAGAUCGCUUCAUUCAUCUUCAUCCGUUUUUAUACUGUUUUUGAAUGUCCAUUACCAGGAGAGCCUGGAUGAGUUUUCAUUAACCAUGAUUAAAUAUACUUUGUUCUGUAUGCCAAGCAAAGUAGUCUAUAGCU